GCUACACGCUGACGCAACUUGAACUUGCCUCCCGAUCUCGUUUCGAAAUUACCAGAAGCCCUUACCCCUCUCGACACAUUCCGAUUCAGCCACUUUGAGCGCAAUACAUACUUUACUGAACUUUAACAGGUCAAAAACAAAGUACAUUCUCAAGGAAAGUCUUACGGACGUCUCAGGUAUCGCAAUAGAUCGCAACUUCUUGAAUUGCCGACCGGACUUUGCAUCCCGGAUCCAAUGGCUCGUCAGACUCCUCCAACAUUGGCGCUUCUCAGACAACUAGAGGCGGAUCGCUUUCAUCCAGGGCCCUCGCUUCCUUCUACUUCUCUUAGCCAGCCUAACAACCCCGGCUCGGUCGGACAGCCUGUGCUGAAACGGGUUCGUCAGCGAAUAUCUCGUGCCUGCGAUGCCUGUCGGCGAAUGAAGAUCAAAUGUGUGCUGGAGAGCCACGCAUGCGAAGCUUGUAUUCUUGGAGCACGAUUGUGCACCUUUGAGGACUCUGGCAUCAAACGCGAAAGGCCUCCCACGAAGAAAUGAUCAUAGAGAUAUUCAAGCUCUGCAAGGACGAAUUGACACAUUGGAACGAUUCUUGAGUCAUAUCGCCCCCGAUGUCGACCUACACGCAUUACCAAGAACUACCGAUCAAGCUCGGCGGAUAGCGAAUGCGACGCUCAGUCGGCGUGGACCUCAAUUGGCUGCGGUGCUCGAAGGUUCCGACAAACCUGCAGCAGAAUUACUAUCUACUGACCCUGAACAAGCGACGGUGAAGGAGGCCACUGAAGCUUUAGCCAACUUAACUUUGCGCGAAGGUCGUUACUUUGGAUCAACGGGAAAUCUGCCUUUUCUAGGCUCUACCUCCUUCACUCAGAGUGCCUCUUACGACCCAGACCUCGAUUCGAUGAUUGAAGACUCAUCUCGGUCUUUAGCUGAACGCUUGACCGAAAAGAGGCAUCGAGCAAUGACUAGCCAGGACACAAGUUUACCGCCUCCAGAUCUCGCUCACUCUCUCAUAUCGAUAUACUUUUCGCACGUUCAUCCUUUCACAAUUGUGAUCCACCAAGAAAACUUUCUUGGAUUAUAUGGUUCUGGGUUGAUCCACAGAGACUUGACCUUCAAAGGGUUGUGUUAUGCCAUGUUCGCGGCUGCUUCACCUCAUUCGACCGACGAGCGCGUGUUGUGUAGUCUACCGGAUCAACCAGCUAGUCCUCAAACCGCGGGAGCCCGCUAUGCUGCUGCGGCUGUCACAACGAUAUCUCCUAUGACACUUCCUUGUACCCUGUUCGACCUUCAAGCCAUGGCAAUCCUUACUCAUUAUUACCUUUCGAUGUGUACGCCGACAUCAGCUUGGCUAGUUAUUGGCUCGUGGCUUAGACGCGUUCAAGAUGUAGGGGUACAUGUAGAGGAGAUGCCUCGCUGGCGCACUUCAAUCCUCAAGGACCAGCUAAGAAAACGCGCGUUUUGGUACAUGGUGGUCUCUGAACGAUUGCUUUGCAUGUCUCUUGGAAGGUCAUCGACCAUCCUGGAGUUAGAGUUGACAGUCCAGCUACCUCUCUUCAUCCCAGACGAGGUCUUGACCAAGAUGCACUCCGAACAUCCGGGGAAAGUAACAUCAAAGGAUCAAGAACGAUACAAAAACAUGUCUUGGGAAAUGAGUGGUGAUACGUACUUAGCUUGCGCGACGGCUUAUUGGAGCCUUCGGAAGACUAUUGCAGCUCCCUUUCUCAAAAUCUUCUCAAUCAAACCUGACAAAGUCCUCCCUCGUUCAGAUUCAGACGUGUGGGAUUCUCCAAAGCUUGUGCUCAUAGAUCUAGCUGCCAAAAUUGAUCAUUACAUUGAACAUCAGAUUCCUUCAGUGGCCAGAUGGAACCCUGACAGAAAAGAUGAUAAAAGUCUAAUUUGGACAGCCUUUCUCAAUAGCUUUGUUCUCAAUAUCAAAAUGCUGGCACAUCGAUACUUUUUGAAUGAUAACCCCCAAGAGAUCAAAGUUUGUACGGCUGCAGCUAGCACAAAUCUUGAUAUCCUUGAUCAACUUCAUAAGAGAGGUUUACUAGCUUUAACGGCUCAUUGGGCACCCUACAGGAUACUCCCUACUGCUUUGAUAUGUCUUUAUGCUGCAUGUCGUCGCGAGUAUGAAAUUCCGAGGGAAGAGAAACUGAAGGCAUGGGCUGAUGUCCAUCGGGCUAUCAAUCUCCUUUCUGCAAUGGCUCCUAAAUAUUUUCUAGCUCAGCAGCUGCACGAAUCCCUGAGUAGGCUAGUCAACCAUCGCAUCGAAGAAAUUCGCUCAACUAUGACAGAUGAAGCGACUGCUAGCGAGAAAACCAGACGGAGUAAUGUUGGUGAAUCAACUCCUAACAUAUUCGCUAGCAAUCAGCAAGUUCCGGCGCAUCAGCAAACUACGAAGCCAUGCGGAGUGCCAAUGGCUAAUCCUUAUACUACGAGCCAAUCUUCGACCUCAAUAUCAUCUGCUUCACAUCAUAAUCCCACAAAACAACCAACUUCGAUGGAAGGAUUUGAAGAAAUCCUUGACCACUUGCUCUCACUUCCAAGCGGCGCCUUGUAUGACCAGACAAACCUACCUGGUCAUGCGCCACCUCCCGAGUGUCGAGCAGGGGCUGGCUCAACUGCAGGUCUGACAAGUCCCUCAUCACCUCACAUCCCUCGAGAGUGCGGCGGGAUGUACUCAAAUCCAUCCGAGCAGCUUAACGCAGCAUCAUACCUCUCCUACUCAGCUUUUGACAUACACCCACCCGACCCUGCCAGUUUUUCCGAGGCAUGGUAUGCGCCUACCGCUGAAGGAUCAUACCCGGUUCAAGCUAGAGGAGAAUAUGUUGGAUUUAAUGAAGAUUUUGUGCCACCACUCCAUCUUGACGCUUCCUUCUUUCACCUAGAUCCCACUCCAAGCUUUCCAACAGUCAAUUCAACUCUUUUCCCUGGAAGUUCUUCAUCGAUGUUCAACACCCCAGUCUUUCCGAACUAUAUACAAACUACCCAAGUAUCUCAAAGUUCUAUUCCUGCUUCGACUACUCAGAGAAGUCCAACUUUUCCUUGGCAUGAAUCAAACUUUGGAAAUCAAUGAUGUCUUUUUCUAUUGGAAAGGUUGAACUUGUGGUCCUUGACAAUGAUAUCAAAGUGAAAGUCCCACUGACCACUGUUUUCUUUUUAGUACAUACUCUUUAUAUCCAUUGUGUUGUGUACAUAACCGUUCAAAAUG